AUGCAAUGCUAUCAAACUCACUUGAAGCGUCUCAACGAGCACAGUUGCCAAAUCAAAUCAAACAAAAUGAACUUCAACAAAGUCUUCAUCUUCUUGGCUGUGAUGAUUGCCAUUUUCGCAGGACAAACGGAGGCAGGUUGGCUGAAGAAGAUCGGCAAGAAAAUCGAACGCGUGGGUCAACACACAAGAGAUGCCACCAUUCAAGGACUUGCUGUGGCGCAGCAAGCCGCUAAUGUCGCUGCCACUGCCAGGGGUUAAAAAUUAGUUAAAACGUUCUAUUAUUAAUUUAUUUAUUUUUGGCCACAAAUAUUUGAUGCCUCUUAAAAAAUUCAUAUUUAUUUUUUCAUAAUUUGUAUGCUCAUUACCUGUAAGAAAAUAAAUUAUGCCAUUCAAAUUCUA